UUCGCUUGUGUAAACGUCAUUUUCCAGCGACGCCUUUUUGUAAACAUUGCCGAGGAGCGUUUUCGAUGGAUAAUCUCGUCAAAGUGCACGCCGGCGGCACCAACUACGACUCGGAUUUCAGUGACGACGAGAAACAAGGAGAGACCUCCGAGAGCAGGCUUAAAAGGAAACAUGAAGAGGACAUUUUACAGAAGCCUUUCCAGAAAGGUCGACACGCUCAGGUGGCUCACCGCAAUUUUCAUUCCAAUGAAGUGGACAGAGAGGAAGCCAGGAACAGAAGAGCCCACUUGAUCUCACUGACUGCUUUUGAGAGACACAAGAAGUUUGUCGGCGACUACAUACUUUUCUAUGGAGGACAUAUGGCCGACUUCAAACGCUCCACCGCAAAUGACAAAACCGACUCGGACGUUCUACGGGAGAAUCAUCGUUUCCUCUGGCGGGAUGAGGAUGAAGAGGACAUGACUUGGGAGAAAGAACUGGCGAAGAAAUAUUACGACAAGCUGUUUAAGGAAUACUGCAUAGCCGAUCUGAGUCGAUAUAAGGAAAACAAGUUUGGAUUCCGCUGGCGAACGGAGAGCGAGGUUGUCUCGGGCAAAGGUCAGUUCCAGUGUGGGAACAAACGCUGUGAGAAGCAGGAAGGCCUGAAAAGCUGGGAGGUGAAUUUUGCCUACGUGGAACACGGCGACAAGAAGAACGCGUUGGUCAAACUGCGACUUUGCCCGGAAUGUUCUUUCAAACUCAACUACCACCACAAACGCAAGGAGGUUAAAGCCCAAAAGAUGGCGAGGAAGGUACAAGAGGAGAACCAGGAGCCGUCUCGGAAGAAGAAAAAGACAAAGAAGCACAAACACCGCAAGCAGAGGGAUCCAUCCACCUCCCCCAGCAGCACGGAGGAGUCGCGGGGCAAAGAUUCUGAAGCAGAGGACGGGCCAGAGUGUCAGUCCGAGUCGGACCACUGGCGAGGACCCGCCCCGGCAGUGGAGGAAAAGUCCAGGGAGGAAGAGUUUGAUGACUACUUUGAAGACUUGUUCCUCUAAACGCCUGCCUCUGCUGAGAUUCAAGGACGUUUGUGGUUUUGAGAAAUAAACUCAUCUACGUUUUCCGUCUCAUCA